AUGCCGCUGGACAAGUCGCGCAUACAGGGCUUUGGCCACGACGGGGGCAAAAGCACAGAGAAGGACAGCUGGUUCGGCCAGGACUCCAAGGAGUGGAAGUGUCCCAAGGGCCAUGUCUUGACGCCGUGGUGUGCCAAGCCGGGCUGGUGCGAUGGCUGCGGUUCGAAGAUCAACACCGGAGACCCCGUCAUGGACUGCAGGCAGUGCAACUACUACCUCUGCAGGACCUGCGCACCGGAAGAGGCAGAAUCUUCUUCAUUGUGGGGGUCGAUCCCCUCCUUCGCAGACAUGGGGGCCCACCCUGCUGUGAGCAGUGCUCUCGACAACGUCGCACUCAGCAUUGGGGACGUCCUCGAUGCUGCAACGCAGGACCUGAGCGAGAUGGCCGGGGACCUGAAGUCCUUCGUGGCUUCUGCCGUGGGUUUGGAGGAGGAGCCUGACGAAGAGCAGAAGGCCGAGGCGGCAAGCAAGAAGGUCCUGGAGGCCGUCUCGCCGAGGUCGAGGCAGGAGGCGGUGGGCGCCAUCUCGGACUUCUGCCAGAAGUACCCAGCGGCACGGGUGCGGCCCACGACGCAGGAGUUGGAGAAGCUGUGGACAGCCAUCGGUGGCUUGAAGCCCGUGGCGCUGAACAGUGCCUUCUACGACGAGCUUAGCUUCUCCAACGGCGACACGUCCUGGCAGCCACGUCUAAGAGUGCUCUUUGCAUUGGAGUUCCUCUUUCGAAAGGAUGGCCCGGGCAAGGAGGUGGCGAUCAGCGUCUUCCACCAGGCACGGAGCCUCAUCGUCCACUUGACCGAGGUCCAGCAGUGUGCCGAGAAGGCCAAGGAGGUCAUCCGCCUCUUCAGCCGGAAGGAGGAGGCGCCGGAGGAGGCCAAGGAUGCGAAGGAUGCGAAGGACGGGAAGGCGAAGGCGAAGGCGAAGCCCGCUGUGGCACCGGAAGCUGAUCUUCUGGAUAUGUCAGCACCAGUCGCCACCGUUCCCUCGGCCGCCGCCCCAGCAGCGGCGCCCGCAGCGCGCGCGGCGCCGGCGGAUCUGGAUCUGCUGGGCGAGCUCCAGAGCCCGGCGCCGGUGGCGGUGCCUCCUCCAGCUCCGGCGAUGACCGCUUUGGCGCCGCCGGCGCCGGCGCCGGCCGCGGCAUCUGCGAGCACCAGCGGCACCAGUGCACCGGGUGCGGCCGCACCGUCGCCGCUGUCGCCCUCGGCAGCGCUGGCCUUGGCCUUGUCCUCUGCUCCGAUGGCCCCGACGGCGACGCUGCCGCAGGACUUGGACCUACUCGCGGCGCCCGCGGCGGCAGCUCCUGCGGCAAGGCCUGCUUCUGGCCUUCCCUUUGCUGGCCUGGGCAUCGGUGCACCAGCCGCCCCUGCCGCCCCUCCUACAGGGAUGGGCCUCCCGGGCCUGGGCAACGCGAACUACGCGAACGCGGCCAAGGCAGCUCCGCGAGUGCCCCCGCCUUUUGCCAGUCGAGGCAAGGUGGGCCAUCCCUACAUGCCAAUCCCUGCGUCCCUGGACAGUCCUUCGCAGCCGCCCCCAGUGGAUCAAUUUGCUUUCGUUUCCGACAUCACGGGCAUUGGUGACCUGGCAAAGCCGGCAAAGUAG